AUGGUGAGAGGGCAGCGUCACUGCCCUCUGCUAGCAAACAACAGGACCUGCACCCCAGCAGCGCACCCUGGAGGCCCAGUGGAGGAUCUGAUCAUCACCCCAGCUGUAAACACAGUGGUAGUGUUCAUGUGGUCCACUAGGGGGCGCAGCUACUCCGUGCUGCAGGCUCAGGUCAAGGCCAUGAGAGCGACAGGUGAGACAGGUGCGCAGUCCUCCAUCCUCCUCCUCUCUGCACUCUGCACAGUUAUGGCUCCGAGACCUGAAGAGGGGUCCGAUCCUUCCCCCAGUCUGGUGCUGGAGGUGCAGUCCGCUGUCCCCAUCAUCAUGGGCGCCAACAUCGGGACCUCGGUCACCAACACCAUCGUGGCCAUGAUGCAGGCGGGAGACCGGAACGAGUUCAGACGGGCGUUCGCUGGGGCCACGGUGCACGACUUCUUCAACUGGCUGUCGGUGAUGGUCCUGCUGCCGCUGGAGGUGGCCACCGGAGCCCUGUACAAACUCACAGACCUCAUCAUCACCUCCUUCAACAUCCAGAGCGGAGAAGACGCACCAGACCUGCUCAACGUCAUCACAGACCCCCUCACAGAUGCCAUCGUGCAGUCGACCGUUAAUCAGACGGUGUACAACUGCACCCGCGGAUCCUUGUGUUGGGAGGAGGGAAACCUGACCUGGGCCCAAGUUAACAUCACCAAUACCUUCAACCUGAACAAAUGUAUUGGGGUGAUCAGCUUGGAGAGGGCCUACCCACUGACUCUGGGCUCUAACCUGGGCACCACCACCACAGCGAUCCUCGCUGCCAUGGCCAGUCCUGGAGAAACUCUGUCCAACUCAUUACAGAUUGCUUUGUGCCACUUCUUCUUCAACAUCAUGGGGAUCCUGCUGUGGUACCCCUUCCCCUUCCAGAGGCUCCCCAUCCGCCUCGCUCGCGGCCUGGGCAACAAAACCGCCAACUACCGCUGGUUCGCCGCCUUCUACUUGGUGCUGUGCUUCCUGGUGCUGCCCAUCGGGGUGUUCGGGCUCUCCCUGGUAGGCUGGCCCGUCCUGGUGGGGGUGGGGGCCCCAAUCGUGGCCCUGGUAGUGUUUGCCGUGGUGGUGAACGUGAUGCAGAAGAGGUGUCCGCGCUUCCUGCCCUCGCUGCUCCGCUCCUGGGACUUCCUGCCGCGGCCGCUGCACUCGCUGGCGCCGUGGGACCGAGUGGUGACGGUGUCUCUGGGCUUCUGCAAUAAUCACUGCUGCUGCUGCUGUCGCUGCUGCCACUGCUGCAACAAGGAGAAGAACGAGGAGGUGCAGAACGUCAGGAGCCUGCAGAUGUACGAUAACCCGGCCCUGACCAAAGACGAGGACAACGUCAAUUUAUCGCAGCAUCUGUCGAGUCCUAACUCUGAGGUACACGACGAGAAGCGAGAAGCAGAGACCGAGUGUGAGAUCAAUGUUCCCCCGGACCAUCAGGACAUCCAAGCACCAACUGUAGCUGCACCUGCGGCCAGACACAAGUCCAAUGAACAAAGACAGAAGACUCCUGUGAGGCUGCUCUCUCGUCAGUCCUCUCUCCUUUCUCCUCUCUCCUCUGUCCUCUCUCCUCAGUCCUCUCUCCUCUGUCCUCUCUCCUCUGUCCUCUCUCCUCAGUCCUCUCUCCUCUGUCCUCUCUCCUCUGUCCUCUCUCCUCUGUCCUCUCUCCUUUCUCAUCUCUCCUCAGUCCUCUCUCCUCUGUCCUCUCUCCUCUGUCCUCUCUCCUCUGUCCUCUCUCCUCUGUCCUCUCUCCUCUGUCCUCUCUCCUCUGUCCUCUCUCCUUUCUCAUCUCUCUCUUCAGUCCUCUCUCCUCUGUCCUCUCUCCUCUGUCCUCUCUCCUCAGUCCUCUCUCCUCUGUCCUCUCUUCUCUCUCCUCAGUCUCUCUCCUCUCUCCUCUGUCCCUCUCUCCUCUCGUCCUCAGUCCUCUCUCCUCAGUCCUCUCUCCUCUGUCCUCUUCCUCUCUCCUCUCUCCUCAGUCCUCUCUCCUCUGUCCUCUCUCCUCAGUCCUCUCUCCUCAGUCCUCUCUCCUCAGUCCUCUCUCCUCUGUCCUCUCUCCUCUCUCCUCAGUCCUCUCUCCUCUCUCCUCUCUCCUCAGUCCUCUCUCCUCUGUCUUUCUCCUCGUCCUCUCUCCUCAGUCCUCUCUCCUCUGUCCUCUCUCCUCAGUCCUCUCUCCUCUGUCCUCUCUCCUCUCUCCUCAGUCCUCUCUCCUCUCUCCUCUCUCCUCUCUCCUCUCUCCUCUGUCCUCUCUCCUCUCUCCUCAGUCCUCUCUCCUCUCUCCUCUGUCCUCUCUCCUCUGUCCUCUCUCCUCAGUCCUCUCUCUUCUGUCCUCUCUCCUCUGUCCUCUCUCCUCUCUCCUCUGUCCUCUCUCCUCUGUCCUCUCUCCUCAGUCCUCUCUCCUCACUCCUCUCUCCUCUCUCCUCUCUCCUCUUCCUCUGUCCUCUCUCCUCUGUCCUCUCUCCUUUCUCAUCUCUCCUCAGUCCUCUCUCCUCUGUCCUCUCUCCUCAGUCCUCUCUCCUCAGUCCUCUCUCUUCUGUCCUCUCUCCUCUCUCCUCAGUCCUCUCUCCUCAGUCCUCUCUCCUCACUCCUCUCUCCUCAGUCCUCUCUCCUCUCUCCUCUGUCCUCUCUCCUCUGUCCUCUCUCCUCUGUCCUCUCUCCUCAGUCCUCUCUCCUCUCUCCUCUGUCCUCUCUCCUCUGUCCUUUCUCCUCAGUCCUCUCUCCUCAGUCCUCUCUCCUCAGUCCUCUCUCCUCUCUCCUCUCUCCUCAGUCCUCUCUCCUCAGUCCUCUCUCCUCAGUCCUCUCUCCUCACUCCUCUCUCCUCAGUCCUCUCUCUCUCUCUCCUCUCUCUCUCUGUCCUCUCUCCUCAGUCCUCUCUCCUCUCUCCUCUCUCCUCAGUCCUCUCUCCUCUGUCCUUUCUCCUCAGUCCUCUCUCCUCAGUCCUUUCUCCUCUCUCCUCAGUCCUCUCUCCUCAGUCCUCUCUCCUCUCCCCUCACUCCUCUCUCCUCAGUCCUCUCUCCUCUCUCCUCUGUCCUCUCUCCUCUGUCCUCUCUCCUCAGUCCUAUCUCCUCUCUCCUCUCUCCUCUGUCCUCUCUCCUCUGUCCUCUCUCCUCAGUCCUCUCUCUUCUGUCCUCUCUCCUCUCUCCUCAGUCCUCUCUCCUCAGUCCUCUCUCCUCUGUCCUCUCUCCUCAGUCCUCUCUCCUCUCUACUCAGUCCCUCUCUCCUCUCUCCUCAGUCCUCUCUCCUCUCUCCUCUCUCCUCAGUCCUCUCUCCUCUCUCCUCUCUCCUCAGUCCUCUCUCCUCUGUCCUCUCUCCUCAGUCCUCUCUCCUCUGUCCUCUCUCCUCAGUCCUCUCUCUUCUGUCCUCUCUCCUCUCUCCUCAGUCCUCUCUCCUCAGUCCUCUCCCUCUCCUCCUCCUCUCUCCUCAGUCCUCUCUCCUCUCUCCUCUGUCCUCUCUCCUCUGUCCUCUCUCCUCAGUCCUCUCUCUCUCUCUCUCUCUCUCUCCUCUGUCCUCUCUCCUCUGUCCUCUCUCCUCAGUCCUCUCUCUUCUGUCCUCUCUCCUUUCUCCUCAGUCCUCUCUCCUCUGUCCUCUCUCCUCGGUCCUCUCUUCUCUCUCAUCUCUCCUCAGUCCUCUGUCCUCUCUCCUCUGUCCUCUCUCCUUUCUCCUCUCUCCUCAGUCCUCUCUCCUCUGUCCUCUCUCCUCAGUCCUCUCUCCUCAGUCCUAUCUCCUCUGUCCUCUCUCCUCUCUCCUCUGUCCUCUCUCCUCUGUCCUCUCUCUUCUGUCCUCUCUCCUCUCUCCUCAGUCCUCUCUCCUCAGUCCUCUCUCCUCACUCCUCUCUCCUCAGUCCUCUCACCUCUCUCCUCUCUCCUCUGUCCUCUCUCCUCUGUCCUCUCUCCUCUGUCCUCUCUCCUCUCUCCUCUCUCCUCUGUCCUCUCUCCUCUGUCCUCUCUCCUCAGUCCUCUCUCUUCUGUCCUCUCUCCUCUCUCCUCAGUCCUCUCUCCUCUGUCCUCUCUCCUCGGUCCUCUCUUCUCUCUCAUCUCUCCUCAGUCCUCUGUCCUCUCUCCUCUGUCCUCUCUCCUUUCUCAUCUCUCCUCAGUCCUCUCUCCUCUGUCCUCUCUCCUCAGUCCUCUCUCCUCAGUCCUUUCUCCUCUAAACAACAUGGAGGCCAUCAAAACCGCUUUUGUGUGUGCUCCACUCUCCUGCUCGGUGUCCGACGCGGCAUCAGAUGGCUCCGUAGUAGCGGACGUAGAAGGCGAGGGAGCGGGGAGGCUAUCAUCCUAG